AUUCGCAGCACCGCAGUCUUCAGAACACAUCCAGGGUGACAGAUGAGGGGACACCUUUGUUCUCUUCUUUCAGCUGGGCCCCUCUCUGAAAGAUCCGCACAGUUGAUGGGAAUCCUAUUGUGAGCCUGAUUGAUCUGCGAUUUGGAAACAAAAGAGGAGUUGGGUGGCCAAAUUGGGAGAUGACCGUUUGAAAUCAGAGCAAAUCUGCAUUAUAUAUCAUUGUUGCUCGUUUGGUUCUGGAUCAGCAAUUCUGGCCCAGCAUCAUCAUAGCUCUGAGGUGCACUACAAGAAAAAUCAAGCCCACACAGCCUGGUGUACCUAGUGAAAAAGGUAGAAUUUCUUGAAAGCGUGAUAAGAGGAAAACCUCAGGGCUACAGAGAUCAGAAAAUAUACUGCCAGCAGGAGACAUUAUGACAUCAGUAUCCAAUAAAGAGAUUUUCCGUUUCCUGUUAAUGACCAUCAUCACUUUGAGCUGUAUUUUAACUUUUAUGUUGCUGUAUGUAAAACCAUCCAACAUCUGGAUUUAUACUGCACUGAAAUCUGCCACACCAGCACCAGAUGUGAACAACACUUUUGAUAGAGUUGCUGAAGAGAAUAAAACUAUUGUGCUCAUUUGGCAUUGGCCUUUUGGUCAGAAAUUUGAGCUCAAUUCUUGUAAAUCCAAGUUUAACAUCCAUGACUGUCACUUGACUGCGAAUAGGAGCCUCUUUAACAAGUCGCACGCUGUCCUUUUCCAUCACAGAGACAUAACUGGGGACUUGUCCAACUUGCCCACACAACCUCGGCCAACUUUUCAGAAAUGGGUUUGGAUGAACCUGGAGUCACCUAGCCAUGCUCCUAAAAGGACUGGACUUAACAAACUGUUCAACCUGACCUUGACAUAUCGGCGGAAUGCAGAUAUCGAAAUGCCUUAUGGGUCUUUGACAAUGAACAAAGUCCCAUUAGAUUUUAAAUUGCCCAGUAAAAGCUAUCUACUGUGUUGGGUUGUAAGCAACUGGAACGCUAACCAUGCCAGAGCGAAGUAUUACAAAGAACUAUCCAAAUACAUUAAUAUAAAUACUUACGGUCAAGCCUUUAGAAAACAUCUGAACUCUAAAGAUUUGAUCCCUACAAUAUCUAGUUGUAAGUUCUACCUUUCCUUUGAGAACUCAGUACAUGAGGAUUACAUAACCGAAAAGCUCUACAACACCUUGCUUGCAGGCACUGUGCCCGUGGUCUUGGGUCCAUCGAGAAAAAAUUAUGAAAAUUACGUUCCAGCUGAUUCCUUUAUUCAUGUGGACGAUUUCAAAUCAGCUGAAGAACUUGCAGCCUACCUGCAUAAGCUGAAUGAUAAUGAGGACUUGUACAUGAACUUCUUCAAGUGGCGAAAGUAUUACACAGUGCGGAUAGCUCAUUUCUGGGAUGAACAUGCAUGUAAUGUGUGUGAGAAUAUAAAACAGCAUCAAGAAUAUCGAUCAUUUUCCAAUUUAGAGAAAUGGUUUUGGAAUUAAAUUCCAGCAAAUACCAUAGAUCAUCUGUCAUAUCAAUGGGAUUCAAUUGACUUCUUUCCUCAAAAGAAAAUAUUUUCAAUCAAUUAUUUUAUUGAAGCCAAAGAUAAAACAUCCACAGGCUUCCAUUUUAUCUGGUUAUGUAAAAAUUUUUCAUGUUC